AUGAGUUUAGGCCUCAUUUCCAAAAAUGGUGUCAUUGAGAAAAACUACUUCACAUGUUUUGCCGUUUCCACAAACAAAUCGGUCAAGACGGCCUUGCAAAAACUUGUUCCCUGUGAGGGUGCUGUGGAGACCAGGACAACCGACAGCAUUGAACUUGAGUCCAUCUCGUGCAGUUUUCGAGAGACUUCGGACGCUGACAAAAGCGUCGACCUGGCAGGUUGUAACUCCAGGAGUGUCCGUGACGAUGCAAUUGAAAAGGCAAUCGACGACGUAGACUAUCUGGGCGCCAAAGAUACCCUAAACGGCGGCGAUGGCAUCGAGAAAAUUCACAAUAGAAACAACGUUUCCAGCAGCGUUGAUGACAGUGUCCUCGCAAGCAUCAGCGGCAACAACAUCUCAGGAACAAACCCCACUGGCCCCAUUCCCUACGAUGCCUACCCCAAUCGCAGAAAUACAGGGACCUUGCUUAUUGGCAAUAUGUACCACAUACGGCGUGUCACUCUCAUUUUAAGAUUCCUUGUGCCUUUGUUGGCCUUAACAAGCUUUCUUGUGGGCUGUAUAUGCUUGUAUUUGAGGCUUGUUCCCCAGGCAAACUGCCUCACGCUAUGCUUCUCUGGAACCGGCCUCGGGUCGGUAUCCACAGGGUUCUUUUCGUACCCAGAGCCCCAAGAUGCUCCUUGCCAGUGGAGCAGUAAAGGUAUUAGGCGUUUCCAGUGGUUUCUUGGGGUAUUGGGCGUUCUAGCAUGGAUCUGCUCCUUUGUUCCUUUCCUCUUAGCCAGCGACGGCCUAUCUCAUUUGUGGACCUCCUGCUUGUGUGCUUUGGCGCUGACAAGUUUUCUGGGAGUGUAUGGCUCGAGAUCGUGGACGCUGGAGGAGCAUCUAAAGUUGCCCUUGGUGACACAAGACUUAGCGGCUCCAGAGAGCUUGCCGCUGGGCCAGGCAGAUUGCAACUUGUGGCCCUUCUUGCAACCGCCAGUGUAG